AUGGCUGCAUCAGUGGAUGCCGCGACCCGUAGAAGGGUCCUACGGGUCAUCUUCGUCUCUCUCCUUCUCGACCUGAUCUCCUUCACCUUCAUCCUCCCGCUCUUCCCCAAACUCCUCGAGUUCUACCGCAACGCCGAGGCGUCCUCCUCCAACUCCAACUCCUCCUCCCUCCUCUCCAACGUCUUCAAGUACCUCAAUGCCUACAAAGCCUCCUUCGCCCGCCCCAUCGACUCCCGCUACGACAUCGUCUUGCUCGGCGGCGCCCUCGGCUCCAUGUUCAGCUUCCUGCAGGCCAUCGCAUCGCCUGUCAUCGGACACCUCUCGGACAAGUACGGUCGGCGCACAGCUUUGCUGGCCAGCAUGGUCGGAAACAUCAUCUCGGUACUGCUCUGGGUUAUGGCCGUUGACUUCCGAACCUUCCUCGCAUCGCGCAUUGUGGGUGGCCUCUCGGAGGGGAAUGUGCAAUUGGCGACGGCCAUCGCGACGGAUAUCUCGGACACCAAGGCGCGCGGCUCGACCAUGGCGCUGAUUGGGGCGUGCUUUUCUGUUGCCUUUACGUUCGGUCCUGCGCUGGGGGCUUGGCUGAGCUCGUUCGCUCUGGUCGCCGCCAACCCCUUCGCCACCGCCGCGGCUGUCUCGCUGGCGUUGAUCGUCACAGAGACGGUGUACCUCUAUUUCGCGCUGCCUGAAACGCUGCCCUCACUAACCAACAAGACCGAGGUCAAGAAGAAGGAGGAGGCCAAGCCUUCUCCCCCUGCCCCAGUCCAGCGCACAAACUCCCACACCCUCCUCAACCUAACCCACCUCACCUUCCUGCUCUUCUUCUCCGGCAUGGAAUUCUCUCUCCCCUUCAUGACUUACGACCUCUUCCAAUACACAUCUGCCAAGAACGGCCGUCUCCUAGGCUACAUCGGCCUAAUCUCCUCUCUCCUCCAAGGCAGCGUGACCCGUCGUCUGCCCCCCUUAUUCUCUGUUCGACUAGGUGUACUGUUCUGCCUCGUAGCUUUCAUCCUCCUUUCCCAAAUCCGCACCAUCGGCGGGCUCUACCUGGCAGCUACAUGCCUCGCCACGACGUCAGCGACCGUCGUUACUGGGCUUAACGCGCUGAGCAGCUUUGAGGCCAGUGAAGGCGAGCGGGGAGGGAAAUUGGGGAACUUGCGGAGUUGGGGUCAGAUUGGACGGGGCUUGGGGCCGAUUUUGUUCACGAGUGUGUACUGGUGGGCUGGGCGCGAGACGGCGUAUGUGUUGGGGGCGAUGGGGAUUGCGGGGGUAUGUGCGUUGGUGUUUGGGGGGUUGAGGACGCCUCCCGGAUCGGUCAAGGAGAUAGAAGAGAAGAAGGAGUUAUGA